UAUCAGACGAGUCGUGUCAAGUUACUAAGCGCUGUCAUGUCUGGUGGUGUUCUGUAACAUUCGUUGCAUGUCGGAUAGUGUUUUCGAGCGUUUAGUAGAAACAAAAUCUGCCAAAUUGAACGCAUAUUUAAUUGAAACUUGUAAUUGAAAUGGCAGAUACAACCGUAGACGCAACGCGACGCUUAAAUGUGAAAAAACAAACACUGGACGACGCUUAUGCGGCGCCUGCAAACUUCCUUGAGAUUGAUGUGAUUAAUCCGAUUACACAUGGUGUCGGCAAGAAACGAUAUACCGAUUAUGAAGUUCGUAUGAGGACAAACUUACCAGUCUUUAAAGUAAAAGACUCAACAGUAAGAAGACGAUACAGUGAUUUUGAAUGGCUGAGAAAUGAAUUAGAAAGAGAUAGCAAGAUUGUGGUACCUCCUUUACCAGGAAAAGCAUGGAAACGUCAAAUGCCUUUUCGUGGAGAUGAUGGAAUAUUUGAAGAAGAUUUUAUCGAAGAUCGAAGAAAAGGCUUGGAACUUUUUGUUAACAAAAUAGCUGGACAUCCUUUGGCACAGAACGAACGGUGUUUGCACAUGUUUCUGCAAGAACCUGUAAUAGACAAAAAUUAUGUACCUGGAAAAAUACGUAAUACAUAAGUCAUUAUAAAAAAAAGUAUCACCUAAUACCUUUUCCACCACGCUAUCACAUUUGAGAUCAUGUUUUCAUUACAUUGACAUCUUAUUUGGAACGUUACAUUGACAUCUUCGUACUACUGUGCGUACCAAUAAUAACGCUGCACUCUCAUUCGCCCUUAAUUUACUGGAUUUUAUGAUCUUAUUUGGAAGUCACGAAUAUUCUUAUUCUUUGUAAGAAUCAAGUAAGGUACCUAUACUAUAAU